UUUGCUGAACUUGAUCCUGGUUUAAAUUUGCUAGGUCAUGCAGUGCCCUGGGUGAAAGGUUGUUUUGCUAAACAAAUUCGUUAGGACUCCAGAGAGAGCUUUGGAAAAGUAAAAGUGAUGAAGAAUUGUUUUGAUAUUGUGUGAAACAAAGCUUUAUUUCUCCCUCUUGCUCUCUCUCUGCUAAAGUGCACCAUGAAACUGUUAUUGCAACACAAUCUCCUUGUGUUUGAAAAGGCUUUCUAACUUGUGCAAAACUUACUGUCAAAUUUUUGUGGUGCAUAUAUCUGAUAAGUAAUGUAAAACAUCGCCUCUUGGGAGGAAACAGUGGGAAAUUGUAUUUGACAAUGUGGACUGAUAGCAUUUCACAGGGUGUGUGUCUUUUCCUCUGGGCAUAUGCAGUAUAUUCAGUUUUCUUGAAAUCUGAUCAUACUACAGAAGUGUGUAUAAUGAGGCAUAUGCAGUAAAUGCUGCAAAUAUUUAUUAUACAGUAAUAGUGACAAUGUUUUAAACACCAAUACUAUCCCAGUUAAUAAUACAAAAACCUAUAAAACAUUUAAAUUUGCCCAAGCAAUUAAGAAGUAUGCUUUUUUCUUUUCUGAGUUUGUUCUUUGUGAUUUUGGACAUACUUUACACUACAGUUUAAUAUUUAGGCUGGAGUGCAAAGCCAAACAUUAUUGUCCCCUCCUACAGCAGCCCUGUUACUGCCACUCCAAAUAUUUAGUGGCUUCAAGCUAGCAAAUCCAGGAUCAAUUGAUUCUGAUGAAAAAGUCUGUUAUGAAAUUUUUGGUAAUCUUUACUUAAAAUGUUUUGAAUUUUGACCUGCCAGUUUCCUCCUGCAUGUGGCCUGCCAUGCGACAAAACGAUGUUACAUUUCAGUGCUCACACCAAUAUUAUGACUGAGUGUUCAAGACUCGUGCAUAGCAGAAAUGAUCUGUUACCUGUUAACUAAGCUUAUGAACCAAUAUCCCAAAUUAGUUACACAAUGUUCUUAAAGGCAUUCCAGACACAUAUGAGUUGAGUAUCCUAUCUCAACAGUCGAAACAAACACAAGAAUCCUGUGAAUUCUUCAGACACCAUUUGAAGACAGUGUGGUGCUGGCCAGAUGAAACGUUCCGGUGUUCAAGAUUUUUGGAAGAGCAUAACGGAAAGUAGGAAUAAUGGAACAAACAUUGCUGCCGACUCAAGCGAUGCAGUAGCUGGUGGUGUUUGUAAUGCCAUUUCGAACAGCAGCCAAAGCCCCAGCGAUGUCUCUGUUAAUGUUGUCUCUGUGAUGCCCAGCCAAACACCAAGCUGUACAGACAGUCAGGUGUCAGAUGGAGACAAAGCGGGUGCCACACUACUAUUCUCUGGAGUCUUCUUGGCUCUGGUUGGCAUGACAUUCACUGCCAUGGGGUGGACAAAUUACAAUGUCAAUCACAGCUCAGAGUGGACACAGCUAUUGGGGCCUAUCCUACUGUCCGUAGGAGGUACAUUUGUUCUCAUAAGCAUCUGCAAAUUCCGAAUGCUCUCCUGCCAGGCCUGCAAGCAGAAUGAUGGGGAGAGAACAUCCGAAGCAGACCCUCUGCCGCCCCUUUCGGGACCAUCGUUUGUCUUCACUGGACUCAGUCAGCCCAUUACCUUCCACAGGGCCACGGUAGUCCAGUACAUCCCACCACCAUAUGCCUCUGUGGUACAGGACCAAAGUCUGGUCCCUGUUAAUGGUUUGCAUUCCAGUCACCAACCAAUAGCGGUUACAGUGAGCACACCGCCACAGUAUUACAGUGUGUAUCCCAUGGAAAACUCUGCUUUUAUUUCCAGUGAAUAUGACAACGCCACGGCUGAACAAAGGGAAAGCAGGAAUUACAGCAGCUCAGAGGAAGAGGGAAAAGCAACUAGGCCUGCAGCAGACAGCGCCUUCUCUCCACCUGCAUACGAGGAACUUUUUGCCACCUCCUCUUGUGACUCUUGCUCCUGAUGAACCAAACAUUGUUUUUCCUAACAGCUUUCCAAAUAAAGUUAAUAUGUUUACUUCAGGUGUUGGCCACUGCAGUUGUGAAAUGAUGUUCCAUUAUUCUAAGGAUGGGGUGAACAUUACAUGAUGAGAUUUUCUGUAUUUGGAAAAUAUUUGGUAUUUCACUACAGUUUCACUUUUGGGUGAAGGCACUUUUAACUUUAUUUCCUCCCAAAACACUAAAUAGCAGCAAAUACAACCACAGCAAUUUUUUAAAAACCUGUUUGUGACUGCACUGCAAAAUUUUCCUGAUCCAUGAGGUCUUUGUGCGCAAUGUCUAAAGGUACAUUUUGAGGUAAUUUGACCUAACAUUUAAUAAUUGUUGCACAUUUAUGUACAGCAGUUAAGUAAGCUGAACUUAUCACAUUUAUUUUUAGACAAAAUAUAUAUUAAUCAUCUUGAACAAAACUUGAAAAUUAUAAAGUAAAAUGUUUUUCAACAGCUGUACAAUAAUCAAAAGAAUAUUUUGGGGUAAAAGGCCACAUGUUGCUGGGGCUAAAACCCCAUAAAUCAAAAUGAUUUUUCUUAAGUGGGGGAAGAGAUUUGCUAUUAAUAUAAAUUUGUUAGAUUUGUUAUAAAUGUGCAAAGUGGGCCCACAUUGACUGAUUAAAUCACAAUGGAUAUUCAUUUGUUGUUUUGAAAUAGCAAAUGUGAUUGAAAUUGACAGGAAAUGGUGCACCCUUUUCUGAAGUGUUUUUUUUUUUAUUUUUUUAUGAAUAAGCAUUAUUUAAAUGUUUUACUCAAAAAAAUAUCUCGCUGUAUCAGAAGUAUUUGCACAAGUUUACAUAUUUGCAAUAGUAGCCUACAGUA